AUGUCUGUGAGUGAGCCUUAUGCACACGUAUCUGCCACUGCCGCUCCUCUCACAGCAGAGUCAAAGCCAAGCUGGGCCUCGGCGUCCACCUCCACUGCCCCAUCAGCUGGUGUCACAGCGCCGUUCGCGACUUCGGCUCAUGAUAGCGAUCACCCAGGCCGUGAGUACGAACGCCGCCCUGAGCUUGUGCAAGAGGUUACGUCUGUGUCAACACCAACAGCUGAGAGAGCCACAGAGCCAGUGCCACCACUGACGCCAUCAAAGAACGGCAUACAACGUCCGAACAAGUCACCAUAUGCAUCUGCUUAUGCAGGCAUGCAACCGACGCCUCCGAAACACAUGUACACACCGUCUUUGCCUCAAACACAGGUUCCGCAAGUGCCGCAACCUACAUCGCAGCACACGCCUUACGUGCCUGUAUCUCCAUCAGCCACGCCGUAUGGACAACCUCAACCCCAAUCCCAGUCCCAGGCGCCGCAACGACUGGAUUCCCUCUCCGCCCAAUACCCUGCAUUUCCCAUGCAAGGGUAUCCACCGGCGUCACAUCUGCCGAGUCGGUCCAUGGCACCAUGGCAGUCUUAUGCCUCAGACCAAGGCCCCACAACUGGCUUAGGAAGCUCUCAAAAUUCUGCGUUGCCACCACCGAAACCCAACACAUAUUCACAGCAGCAAGAGCUACCUUAUGUGCAGCCUGCUCCCAUGUCGUCACAGAGUCCUGCGCCUGCGUCGCACGGCCCAAUGUAUUCCCGACUCGAUGGCACUCAGCCCUCACACCAGGCUCGCAGUCCCUUGCCGAUGCAGCAGACUUGGUCGUACAGUCGUUCAAGUGCUACGCCUGCGUAUUCCCGGCCAGGCUAUCUUCCUCAGCAAGUGUCUCCAGCAUCGCAAGCCCCGAUGCACGCGCGCCAAGGCCCACCACCACAAGCGCAAGGUCUCAUGUCGCCUUAUGGCCCAACUCCAUGGCAACGGCACUACCCACAGCAGCAUCACCAACCCCAUUCCCCAAGAUUGCCUCUCGUACCACUAGCACCUGUGCCGCCCACUUCUUCUCCAUACUUAUCGCCAGUGCCACGUGCUCCAGUGCUUCCCGUGCAUUCCUCGCAAGCUUGGCCCCCACCGUCGUCACAGCCAUCUUCGCCACGUCUGCCCACGACGCAGCCCAACUAUGCCGCUACACCACACGCACCUGGGUCUCAUGCACGUGCAGCGCCCUAUGGAGCUGCUUAUUCCCCCAUGCAACCACCAUCACGACCAGUACCCACUGGCAUGCCUCGCUCUGUGUCUAGCCCUGUUUCAUCCAUGACGAGCCCUGGGUAUGCUCGCCCUCUGCCUUCUCAGCACGCGCAGCCGUCGCAUCCAAUGCCUCAGCAUCAGCCAGCAUAUCAGGCACCUCAAGCACACCCGCAGUCAUUUUCUCCUUACCAACAGCCACCACCAUCGGCAACACCCUUGCACUUGGGCUCACCAGCACCAGCUUCCAUGGGCUAUGCGCCUGCUCACCGAGGAGCAUCCCCUACACCCAUGUCAGCUCAGCGUCCUGCGAUGAGUCCUCCCGCCGCGUCUCCUAUGGGCACUGCUGCUACAGAUCGCAUGACGGCGGGUUUACCAUCCACAACGCCUUACGCAUCAUGGAUGCCGUCAUCAUCGGAUAUGAGGGCUCAACAUCCAAGUUCCAUGCCUCCCGCAGCAGCGCCAACAUUGUUCCAAUCGUCGAAACCUGACUCGUCUGUGCAGAUGCCACAUCCUGUCUCGCCCCAGCUAGCCCAACUUCGACCGGGCGCCAUCGUGCCAUCGGGUGCGCUGAAAAACAAACCUUUGCAUGCGCCGCCUCGUGCUGAAAUGCUCAUGUCGCCCACAGACCGAGAAGCCAUGGGCUCCAUGAUGCCACAGGUGCCCAUGCAUCCCUCCUUCGAGCUCACACAGCCCCACCCUGGCCCACUGUCUGAUCCCGGCUCAGACGCACGCAUGCAGUCGUUUCCUGUGACCGUCUGGUCAGAGUCACAACGUGCGUUCAUGUCGCCGGAUCCAUCAGUAGGCGGCGCAAGGAAUGCCGGCUCUGAGUCGAGCAGUACGAAGCAACAAGCACGUCAUUUCGCGGGCUCGCCUACUAAUAGCAUGCGCGUGGGGGGUGAGUAUCCUGCAUCACAGAUGCAGCAACCAAUGCUGCCUCCCCCCUCGGCGGCGGCGAUGAACCCCGUCACGGCAUCAGCGAUGAAAAAAGCUCCGCUUGGCGCAUCCACGAACCAAUACUUGAACAUGAACAACCUACCUGCUGGUGACGAUAGCGGCGAAUCGCCGCCGGAAAGCUCCGCUAGCAUGCCUAUGACGUCUGCCGGUCGGAUACGCCCCGCUGGCGAAGCGUUUGAGAACCGCACGACCAUGCUGACCGUUGAUGUGUUGGCCGGUGGCGGUGGCAACAGCAGCGGGCCUGGCAGUACAACCGGCACUCUAUCGCGUCGGUCCUCACUAAAUGUAGGGAGCACGGCUGGCGGCGGCCGUGCGCGGCCAAGUAGUGGCGACUGGCACGGAUCAGACUUUGGCCCGGCCCGCGGCGGUGGGAAAGGCACCAUCGUCCUCAGCUCACACAUGGCACCCCCACGCAAAGUAUCCUCGACCAAUGUGAUUGUACAGAUCAUUGCCGUGGCCAUCGACGGCGUUGAUCGUGCUCUCGUGCACGAGCGUCUACAAGGCGAGCCAACAUCGUCGCCGUUUGUUCCUGGCCGCAGCUUCUGCGGUCGCAUCUUGGAUUGCGGAAUCGACGUCAAGAAGCUGCGGCCAGGCGAUCUUGUGUUUGGUCUGCAGGACCUGCGCAAAUGCGGUGCGCUUGCCGAGUUCAUGACUAUCGACAAAGACCUCGUCGCCACAGCACCAGAAAGUCGCCUAAGCGCUGAACAGGUCGCGGCUCUGCCGGCGACGGGUGUUAUGGUGCAUCAGAUCGUGCAGAAUCACUGUAUGCUCCUGCCUAAGGGCUCGCGGGUACUCAUCUUGAAUGCACAUGACAACAUUGGACUUCUUGCGAUGCAAGAGGCAUCGCGUCUCGGUCUGGUGAUUGUCGCUCAGGUGCCGCCACACACGUCGGAGGGUGUGUCGAUUUGCCGUGCGAAUGGCGCCGCCGAAGUCGUGUCGGGUGAGCCACUUUGGACCAUUAAUGUUCUGCAUGAAUCAAGUUUCAGUCUUGUCAUUGACACCAUUGGCGGCCGUCAAAUCUACGAUGCUUGCCGCCGCAUCCUUGCGAGUCAGGGUCAGUUCGUUACGUGCUUUGGCGAUGAACACUCAGUCCCAAGCCCAACCUACCGAUCGCACCUACGCAGCCUGCGACGCUCCUUCUUCCGCAAAGAUCGCAAGGCCAUUGGAUACGAAUGGAUCGGCCUCGAUGCCAGUGCUGACUGCCGCUCGGCGCUGGAAUCAAUCAAGACUGCUGCGCAGCGCGGCGUUAUCAGCCCACGCAUCCAGUCGAUCAUUCCGAUUGAUGACGCACCGCGUGCAUUUGAUGAUUCCAUGGAUGCGGGCAUCACUGUUGUCCGUGUCUCGUAA